AUGCCUCCACCGCCCAAGCAUCCCAACCCACUCCUCUUCGUCGCCGUCUCUGCACUCUCCUUCGUCGCAUUCUACGCAACGCUCAAGCACAGAUCAGUCCACUACCCGGCGUCCGCUCAGCCUCGUCAGCACGACCACCCCCUCGUCCCUCCCCGCCACAAGGAUUCCUGA